UCCGCCUACUCGGGCCAUUCAGUGUUCCAAAACAUUAACACGGGUUGUUUGCUUUCCGUUUAAUUCGUUUUUUUGUUUAGCUUUAAAGCGACUGUGCGGUAUUAUAGGCUUCUUUAAAAUCGCAAUACGGUAGUCUACCAUGUUAUUGUAAUCCGAAAAUCACACAAAACAGCAUUGUUCCAGUUUACCAGAAAUUAUGUCGGGAGAGAUCUUAAAACGGCAACACAAGAUGGAGAGUGGGCCCCUCUAAAAUCCAAUGCACCGCUGCCAAGCUAACCUUUCUGAUCGAUAUAGUUGUUGUCCAAGAAAAAGAGGCCAGAUAUGGCGACCGACCCGUCGGCAACUUCUCCCCGGGUAGAGCAGCGUCGCCAGCGGAGGAGAGAGCUGGAUGCCAGGAGGAGUAAAUGUCGGGUGCGUCUGGGGUCUAGCCAGCAGAGUUGGGGUCAACUGAAAGACAGUCUCGGCUUCUCUCUACACUCCCAGUUGGCGCGUCAUCUACUGGAUAGCUAUGUUUCCAACGUGUGCUCCAGUUGCUCAGGUGGUGCAAAGGAGAACGCAGUUGUGACCUCAAACGAGUCAUUGCACGCUCUCAUCCUGCUGGUUCACCAUCAUGGGCAGCAUUGCCCCUUCCCUCCCUCCCCACAGCCAGGCCCUGCUGAGCAGGGUGAACCACCUGGACCCCAGGACCCGGCGCAGGAACGAGCGCCCAGAGGAAGGCGUGGCAGGAAACGUGUAAAGCCUGGUACGGUCGGGACAGACUCCGCCCCCCCCAGAGGGUCGUGGGACCAGGAGACGGAACCAUCACCUUAUGUGUCGGAGGCAGAGCUGUGUUUGGGCUACGUCUGUGAAAAGGGUCAUCUGCUCUCGUGGGGUCCCCGGCAGGGGGGACGUGGAGCGGGUUGCAGCCCAGACUCUGGGCCUGGGGGUGACGUGACAAGCCCCAUCCCCUCAGCUCCGAGCGGGCCUGGAAGGCGUCGGGGGAGAGGGCUGAGGGCGAUGGCUCCCAACCAGGGUGCAGGUCGGGGUGUGAGGCCCAGAGGGAGAGUUCACGCUGGGGCUGUGGAGACACAGGAGCUGGUCGACCAAACCACCACCGACUCGAGUGACGGGAACUUGACAGGAAAUGAACAGCAGGGUGAGGAGGAGGAUCCAGGAAGUGACUCCCCGGGGAUUGAGAUGUCAUUGGAUGAUUGGCAGGAAAAUGACUGCGAGAAGGGAGAUGCUAGGCAACCGGAGAGGGAAAACUACAACUGCGAGAAUGAAAACAUCCCCGAAGCUAUCGCGGGGAAUUCGCCGAAAAGAUCCAUGCAGACGGAUGAUGUCACUCUGACUGUAUGCAGAAAGAAAAGAAAAGCAGCCCCCAAAGCCAUGCUGCCUUGUGAGUUUGAGGGUUGCGGUCAAAUCUUCUCCACUGUUCAGUAUCUGAACUACCACGUGAAGUACAAACACCUACAUCAGAGGAGCUUCCUCUGCCCCCAGCCCUCGUGCGGGAAGUCCUUCAACUUCAAAAAGCACCUGAAGGAACAUGAGAAACUGCACAGCAAUCAAAGGGACUUCAUCUGUGAUCGUUGCGGCGGAGCGUUCCGGAACAACAGCCAACUGCUGAUCCACUACCGAACACACACCGGGGAGAAGCCCCUCCAGUGUGAGGUGUGCGGCUUCGCCUGCAACCAGAAGGCCUCUCUCAACUGGCACAUGCGGAAGCACAACAUCGAGAGCAGCUACCAGUUCCCCUGUCAGUUCUGCGGCCGGCGCUUUGAGAAGAGAUACAAUCUGAGCACCCAUCACCGCCGGAGUCAUCCAGAACAGGUUCUGGAUCACGCCAACACCCUCGCCAACACCACUACCCCCGAGGAACCACCGCCAAACCCUGGCCCCAGUGACAAACUGGUCAAAUCAGAACUGACUCUACCGUAAUAUGGAAACUGCUCUGGAAUUAUUGUAUUGAGGAAAAGAUAAACUGGGGAGAGUUAGGCGUUUUUGAGAGACUGUGUGUUUUUGGCUCUGAUGCUGACUUGCCUUGAAUGAUUCAUCUUUUACAGGGAUUAUGGAUUCAGUGUAUGCUUUGCAUUUCCCUUCGUCAUAAAAGCAAUGACAACUAGUUUAUCACAGAAUGGCCAUGAUGUAUUAUAUCUUUUAAAAAUACGUUAAGAUUUUUUCAUUUCAAAUAUGUUUAUAAUA